AUGUUCUCGUACAUCAACAUCGUCUUGCUAAUUGUCAUCGUGCAAGCCAUCCGUACUUUGUACUUCUUCUAUGAAUUCGUGCAGAAGGCAAAAGCGACUGGUCUUCCAUACACGUAUUCUCCCGUCAUCGAACUCCAGACCAUAUCAUUCUUGACUGAUCCCAUCCUGCGAUGGGCGCUGGGCUCUUACCUCAUGAGAGGCGAUGGUUGGCCACGCUGGGCACGCUUCAUGAUACGUGAAUGGAUGUACGAAGACAAAGGGCGAGCACACGCCGAGUAUGGCGACGUAUUUCUAGUUGUAUCUCCUGGUGGGAUCAUCUGCUACGUAGGGAAUGCCCAGGUUGCGAUGCAGGUCGCCCAGAAGCGAAAAAGUUUCAUCAAACCGGCAGAGAAGAUGAAAAUGCUAGAGCCUUUCGGUCCGAACGUGGUAUCCACAGAAGGUGACAUUUGGAGGUUCCAUAUUCGUAUCACGCUACCUCCUUUUGGGGAGGCAGUUAAUCGACUGGUCUGGGACGAAACGAUGCGUCAGACUCAUAUGCUGAUAACGUCGUGGGCGGAACAUGGAUCUCGGAGCCUGAAAUCGGACAUCUACUUGCUCACUGUCAAUGUUAUGUCCUGUGUUGCCUUCGGGCAGCAGGCAGAAUGGACUGAUGACGCGAAUGCUAUACCGGCUGGCCAUAGCCUUACACUAGUUAAAGCGAUAUACGGGGUUGUGAUGAACUUACCACUGAUUCUCUUAAUUCCAAAGCUCAUCCUCAGAUAUGGACCUUGGAAACAUGUUUACGAGGCCUACUCGGAGUAUGAGAAGUAUAUGAACGAACUUCUGGAAGAGGAGAAACGCAGAAUGAACAAUGGACAAAGGGACGACGGGCUAGCGAAGGGAAACCUCCUGACUGCUGUUUUGAAGGAAAAUGACUCAAGCGGGAGAGAGAAACAAAUUAUGAAAGGACCAGGAGGAAGAUUGAGCUUAACGGAUGAAGAGAUCAAAGGAAACGUCUUUAUUUUCCUGCUUGCAGGCUACGACACUACAGCAAACACUAUCCUAUACAGCUCUUUGAUCCUCACGCUUCAUCCACACAUUCAGGACGCUGUCAUUGCAGAGAACAUCCGUAUACACGCCAUGGCGCGUACUGCAGGGCGCAAAAGUCUCUGCUUCGACCAUGACCUCCCCAAGUUCCGCUACUUACUGGCGUUCAUGUACGAGGUGAUGCGGGUCUUCCCCAUCGUCAUACCUAUCGGUCGUGUCACACCUCCGACCACAUCGGAAGUUCUCAACGGCGCAACACUACCUCCAGGCACAGGGGUUGUGAUCAACAUCACGGGGAUACACUACAACACGACGCAUUGGCCAUCGCCAGCCGUCAUAGAUCCUCGUAGGUGGCUUUGCAGUAGCCCAAAUGCGUUCGACCCGAAUAACCCAUCUGCUCAGCAUCUCGCAGAGGUGGAGGCAGGUACAAACACCAUCCCUAGUCACCAGCGCGGCUCAUUCAUGACCUUCAACGAAGGCCCAAGGGCAUGCCUCGGGAAGCGCUUUGCACAGGUGGAAUUCAUUGCCUUUUUCUCGUGCCUGUUGGAACAGCAUACGUUGCGAUUGGCUAAGGACCUUGAUGGUGCGGAAGUCGAGAAGAUGUUGAGAUUGCGAGCAGGAGGUAGCCCAGUCACUUUGACGCCACCAGAAGACGUCAAGGUUUAUCUGACUCCGCAUGCGCAGUUGAAUGGGGCAGAGUAA